UCAGUCUAAAGCACUCUAUUACCCACAAUCCUCUGCACUCUUCCUAAGACUCAUGUGUAGCGGAAACAUGGCAGCGGGCGUCUUAAGUGGAGUAAGGCAGGUUCUCCGGGGCCCUCGGUUGCUCUCUGCGGUGUUCUCGUGUCACGGACAAACAUUCAGCUCCGCAGCAGCUGCAGUCAAAUCAGCGCCAGACACCGCUGUCACAGAGAAGAUCCUGAACUUCCCGCUCACUCAGCCGGAUUAUUUCCACUUGUCUGAGCUCUUCACUAUGAAGGACCUGUUUGAAGCCCGGGUCCAUCUUGGACACAAGAAAGGCUGCCGGCAUAGGCUGAUGGAGCCAUAUCUGUUUGGUUCUCGUCUGGAUACAGACAUCAUUGAUCUUGAGCAGACAGCAGAACUCCUCCAGCAGGCGCUGAACUUCACGGCUCAUGUUGCGUACCGUGGCGGCAUCAUCCUGUUCGUCAGCCGCAGGCGGCAGUUCGGUCACCUGAUAGAGACGACGGCGCGAGAGUGCGGCGAAUACGCUCACACACGCUACUGGAAGGGCGGCCUGCUCACCAACGCUCCCAUCCAGUACAGCCCCGGCGUCCGGCUGCCGGACCUCAUCAUUUUCUUUUCCACGCUCAAUAACGUCUUCCAGCAGCACGUCGGCAUCCGAGACGCAGCCAAAAUGAAUAUUCCCACAGUCGGGAUUGUGGACUCUAAUUGUAACCCCAGCCUCAUCGCAUACCCAGUGCCAGGCAACGAUGAUACUCCUGUGGCCAUGGAGAUGUACUGCCGGCUGUUUAAAAUGACCAUUAAUAGAGCAAAGGACAAGAGGAGGCAGAUGGAGCUUCUUAAGGGUAUUUCAGCCUCAGUAUGAACGAGGUCAAUGAGAGUCUGUGUGUCUGUUGUCCUCACAUAGAAAGUUCAGUGGAAAUAUGUAACUAAACAAAAGAAACUGCAGUUAAAAUUCACAUGUAUUAUUGUGAUUAAAGUUCAGUAUCUAAAAUCUUGAAACACGUGACAAUCCUAGAACUAUGGAAGCCCAUUUUCACCUUGGAAUAAAAAAAGGUAAUUGCAACUUUA